UAACGCAAAAGCAAAAAACGUGUACAAAAUUAAUGGUCACUCUAAAGACGCAACCAUUGGUUAUCGAUAACAACGAAAUUGAUAAGUGCAGCGUGAUUAAUUGGGUUGGCAGCAUCGUGCAUAUUAUAUUUUGCUGGUAUUAUUUGUGGUAUAAUUUAGUAUUCGCUUACGGUAUUGCGGCGUCUGCCUUUACAAUUAAUUUUUUUACAAAAUAAAAAUGAAAAUAUUCUAUUCAUGCACUCGAGCAAAGCUGAAAAGUUAAGUCAACGGGUGUGCAAAUAUGAACAUAUUUCAAAAUGUGCAAUAGCGUUUUACGCGGGAGUCUCUUGAUUUUGUUGUUAGUCUCAGCUGCAGACAACAAACAACCUUGAACAUUUGUUGAGUGUGUGUGUGCAUAUGUAUUGUGUGUAUAUAAACAAAGUGCGAACGCGGGAACUGCGACUGUUAUAAAUUUUGUGAAUUGUCCAGUGUUUUAAAUAUGUCUACUGUACGUUGCAUAAAUUUUUGGGACUUGUGUCGUAUUUGCACGGCAAGCAGUGAACACAAAAUUAACAUCUACUCACCCGAAGGUCGCGCCAAAAAUCUUGGUCACAAAAUCUCCGAGUGUCUCCCAGUGCAAAUCAAUGAGAAGGACCGUCUUCCCAAAGUGGUCUGUGGCCAGUGCGCUCAGCAAGUGGAACAAAUGUACGAGAUGCGUAACAUUUCAAAGAACUCACAGACCAUACUUAGCAACUGGCUCAAUCAUCGCUCACUGCAAUGUGAAGACAAGGUUUUCAUUAAAGAUGCCGUCAAUGAAUCUGGCAAGAGUCUUAAUGUGGUUGGCCAAGCUGCCUCCGGCGGACAAGUCGCAGGCGGUAGCGUAGUCGGCAGUUAUCAGAACAACGAUCUGCUGAGCAGCAUCAUGCAGGCUGUUGGCAUGCAGGUGCAGCAACAACAGCCCCAGCAGUAUACGAUCACUGUUGAUAAUCAAGUCCAGGCGCCACCGCACCCACCCCUGCCCAUGCCUCAAGUCCAGCCGGAGGUCAAGAGCGAGAAACAAAACUCUCUCGAGGAAUUUAUCCGUUUGAAGCCGGACAUCAAAAUCACUCCUCUUAGCAAAAAGGAGACCUCCGCUCAAGGUGUCACAACUUCCAUAUCCCAAAUUAAACAGCAGCAGACGCAACCACAGCAACAGCUACCACAGCAACAACAGUUGCAGGCGCAAACUUUAACAGCAGUCUCGGCUCCAGCUGCUCAGAUCCAAUUGCAACCACAGCAACUUAAUGAGCUCAAUGUGUUACUGCAGCAACAAGCGCUUAUCCAGCAACUUCAGCAGCUGCAAGCGCAGACGCAGACACAAUUCACAAACUGCGCCGAUGAUGCAAUGAGUUCCGUAGACAAUAAGAAACCUAAGCUGAAUUUUGUGCUUUCUUCGCCAACUGCAACUCCACAAUUUGCAAGUAGCCUGCAGCAAUUUGGUGGUAUCGCAGGUACACAGCCUCAAAUUCAGCUGCAGCUUCUGCCAGGCGGAGUUUCUGGCAACACAGCGUCCUCAAGUGGUAUUACAGCAACGCAGCCACCCCAGCAGUUUAAUGCUGCAGCUCUGCUGUCCAGUCUGACGGGAAGUCAAGUUGUUGGGGGAAAUGCAUCCGUCAAUAUGCUGUCGCCGAAUAAAUGUUUCUUGCCGAUAACAAUACGUGAUGAGAAUUCGGAUCAGCAAAUUGUAGCACAUAUAGACACCAAGAAUCUUAUGUUGCCCACUACAUAUCAAGUCCAAAUGAAGCUGCAGCCGCAAUUAGCCACUGCGGAUGGCCAGCCAAUAAUGCAGUUGACACCAACCUCCAUUCCGGCUACGCUGCAAUUGACACCACAAACUAGUUUUCAGCCAGCAGCAGUGUCACAGCCAAAUCAGUUGCUCAUGCCGCAGACACAACCGCAGCUGCAACCAAAUCCCCCACAACAGCAGUUGCAACUGCAACAACAACCCCAACAGCAAUUGCCGCCACAGCAAACACAUCACCAACAAUUGGCACCAACACAGGCGCAAGUCACCUCACAACAAAUCAUAAGAUCUCCGCGAGCCAACGUCGUCAACCCUCAAUUGGUCAUCAGGAAUGUUGGCACUGAGUUAAACUCGCCUACAAGCAGUAGCGCUACAGAUGGUUCAGUCAUUUUCAAGACGCCUUCGCCCCGACAGCAACCAGCUCAGCAACAGGUUAAAUUUAAAAGCACACCGUCAAGUGUUUCAUCGAAUAAUGCUGGCAGCUUGGAGCUCAACAAACGGCCUGCGUUGGUCAAACAGCAGCCAACAAUUGCAUCCAGUAAUGUGGCUGCUCUCCAACGACUUUCAUCGCAUACAACAAUUACCAAACUAACAAAACCACAGUCGUCUGGAGCUAGCAACAAAAUGCCCUUGUUAACUAAGCAGAAUAUAACUAUAAGUCGCAUUCCAGCCCAAGCACCGGCCAAGCUUGAUUCAAAGGUUGGAUUAACAGCGACACCUCAAACUUCUGUGUCAGCUUCAACUCCAGCACCAACACAAGCAUCCCCAAAGUCUCAGUCAACACCACCGCCAGCUUUGGCUCUACAGGUUUCACAGCCAAGUGCUGUAGUCACAAGUAUUGCCAACCAAAGAAAAAUUACUCGAAAGCCGCCAGAACAACAACCGAAUCAGCGAUCAAAAACCGGGCGUCCUCAGCAACAGAUUUUACCUGUGCCCGCCCAGCAAACGACAACACAGCCUCCACAAAAACACCAGCCGGUAACGAAUAGUUUAGUAUGCGAUACGUCAACGCCGGCAUCAGCACCAGCACCAGCUGGUAGUGUACCUUACCUUAAUCUAACCUGUCCCACCUGCCUACGCGAGUUCAAGAAGAAGGAACACCUCACACAACAUGUGAAGCUACAUGCAGGUCUUCGACCCUUCAAGUGCACAGAAGAUGGUUGUGAUAAAGCAUUCAGUCGUAAGGAGCACUUAUCCCGUCACCUGGUAUCGCACUCUGGCCAAAAAAUGUUCACCUGUGAGGAUUGCAAGAAGCCCUUUUCACGCAAGGAUAACCUCAACAAGCAUAAACGUACGCACAGUGCACAACCUAGUGAGAUCCGAUUGCACAGUUGCGAAAUUUGCAAUAAAAACUUUGCAUCGAAGCAACAUUAUGAAAAGCACCGCGCGAUGCACAAAAAAACGCGUCUGGAUAAUCCACCAGCAAACACACAGGCUACAAGAGGUGAACAAGAGGCUUCCAAGUCGCAAGAGGUGUAUGAGGUGAAAUCGACAGAAUCCGCACCGCCUCAAACGCAGCAUUCUCAGACACAAAUCCAGCAACAGCAGCCACAAAUUAUGCACGUGGAUCUUGAUGGUAGCACGAUAACAAUCACGCAGGCAUCCGAUUCGAAUAUGCAAACAUCAUUGGCUAAUUUUGUUCAACUAGGCUUUUCCCAGUUUCAAAACUCGAGCGGCCCACCAAAUCAAAUAGUUUGUAAACUUGAAAAGUAAAAAUUAAAUUAAUUACAUUUUAAGCUCGAAUUAUUUUCUAGUCUUUGGCUUAGAUUUAGUUUAGUCUCAUAUUCUUGCCAAUGUUUUAUUUGUCAUGUCUUAGGCAUAUUUUAAUAUAAUGUCUUAUUUAUUUUGUUCUUAAUACAAGUGCAAUAUUAUAUACAGUUCAAUAAUUUAUAAUUCAUGGCCAUAUUUUUAUUUUAUUUUGUGGUUUAUGUUUAGUAUUUAGAACCUAAACAAUCCCAGCAUGUUCUGAUUUUAGGAGCACUUCCAAUUUCAUGAGAAGGUAAUAGAGAAUGACGUCUCUAUAAUAAAAGCUCAAGGUGCGUACCUGUUUGUUUAUACUAACAAUUUAUAUUUUCUGAAAAUUUAUAAGUAGAAGUAAAUGUCACCAAUAUAACAAGAAUGUAUUAUAUCUGCGAUUUAAGAUUUCUGUUUUAUUAUCAUAUUUCAUUGUAAAUAUUUGUAUAGAUAAGAAUAGAGAUAAGCGCAUUUGUAUUACUAUGUACCAUCCACAUCUACUCGGUGGGAAUGGAAAAUGAAAACAUUGAAUAUAAAAGUAUAAACGUAAACAUACACAGUAAUGUAAUUUAUGGAAUAGUAAAUUUAUUAUUGUUUGUAGAGCUCAGUUCAUUGCGUUAUUCCCACAACAUACGGGGCAGGCACAUCCGUUGUUUACCCUAUAUUAUGUGAGAAAAAUAUGAAUUGAAUGAAAAGAAAAACAAUUUUUCGCUAUCCUUAAAUCAUUCGGUUUUCCUCGAAUUUCAACAGAUUUGUUGAAUUUUUAUUUUAGUGAAGAUGCAAUUCAGGCACGAUUCCAGAGAAAACCAAUGCAACACAAUCUGAAAUCUUUCAAUGAAACAAUAUUGAGAGUAAUUUGGCAAAAAUAAAUAACAUUUAAUGGAAUUCGUUUUAGAACAUAAUAUAGCUGUGGUUGGAUGCAAUUGCAAGUGCUUUUCCGUUUACUGAAUACUUUUAAUAGUGUGUAAGCAAUGGCAAUAAUACUAACUAUAAGCUAGUUCAGCACUGUGAUUAAAAUUAAAAAAGUCUUUGGCUUUAAUUUAUGUUAAUCACUCAAUGUAUAAUUUGUUACAAUUACAAUUAAUCUAAUACUAUUCGCAAGGCCCUGGAAACAGUUAUUGUCGCAUAUUAUUAUAACUAAUUAUAUUCUAAGUAAUUCGGUUGAAGUGUGCAAAAGCGUUGCAUACGCUCGGGCGCAUCGUGUUUUUAAUUAUUUCGUUAACAAGAAAUGUAGCUGUAAUCGAAAUAGUCGUGAGUGUUUGAUAUUUGUGAGAGCAAAAUAAAACAUGCAAUUUAAUAAUGAAGAGCAAAACGAAUGAAUAAAAACGAAACGAAACCGUACCAAACCAUACCAAGCCAAACGAAACUUAACGAACCCAACUAAAUAAUCUACAUCUUACAUAAAACAUACAAAACAGGAAAAUACUGUGUGAGGCUAACCUUAAAAGCU